GCCUAAUCACUUUUUUGUGCACACGUGCAUAGGUGUUUGUGUUGGUCACGUAGUGGUUCGUGCAGUUUCCGUGAAUGUUGCGUGCAUGUGUUAGGUUCUGUUAACAACACAUAAUGAGCAACAAACGAAAACAGAACGAAAGGAACGGGCACACCAAAAGUUCUUUGCCCUCAGUUUGGUCUAGAGCACUAACUCCAUGUUCAGAGUGGCCCGACAAGGAUGAAUUCUUGGAUGUGCUGUACUGGUCCAGACAAAUUUUAGGAAUCCUUUUAGGCCUAGCCUGGGGCCUUGUUCCUCUUAAGGGCUUUCUUGGAAUUACCUUAUUUUGUUGUGUCAACACCUUUCUCGUCUAUGGAUACACAAGCUCAUUCCAAAAGGUAGACGACGAAGAAUAUGGUGGUGUAUGGGAACUUGCCAAGGAGGGCUUUAUGACAUCUUUUGCUGGGUUUUUGGUCACGUGGAUCAUGAUUUACUCUGCAACUCAGUAUGACUGACAGACCGUUUGAAGACUUACAUAAUGUGUACAAUUGCUCUGUGUGACCGUACAGGGAUGUGAACGCUCCCAUCUAUCAUGUCGUUUAAAUUAGAUCUAGCUUGCUUUUCUCCGUUUUGGUGUAAACCAUGAAAAGAUAGUGCAUACACAUCUUGAAUAAAUUUUUCAUCAUACAAUCAAGGAA